AUGCGUUUCUUCGCCGUCAUCUCUGCCCUUGCUGCCCUGGCCUCGGCCUACACCCAGCCCGACUACACCCAGAGCCCCACUGGCAAUGCCAUCUACACUCCUGGCCUGAACGACCAGGUCGAGGCUGGCAAGGCCUACAGCGUCACCUGGGAUCCCACCACCAGUGGCACGAUCUCUCUGGUCCUCCUCCACGGCCCCAGCACCAACAUGCAGACCCUGUAUGCGAUUGCCGAGGACAUCGAAAACACCGGCAGCUUCUCGUGGACCCCCAGCACUGAUCUGGCGCCCGAGACCACCCACUACGGUCUCCUUCUCGUCGUCGAGGGCACUGGCCAGUACCAGUACUCCACCCAGUUCGGUAUCACCAACCCCUACUACUCGUCCUCGUCCGCUGUCGCUUCCGCCACCUCCACUGCCGCCGCUACCACCUCCGCUGUCACCGAGGCCGCUGCCACCACCACUGCUGCCGCUACCACCACCGAGGUUGCCGUCAGCGCCGCCACCACUUCCACUGUCGCCGAGCCGGUUGAUGCCACCAAGCCCGCUGCCACCUCCGUCCCCGUCAUCAAGCCCACCGGCUUCGUGACCUCCAAGCCCUCCAGUGUCAUCUCCAGCUCCGCCGCUCCCUCCGGCACCCCCGCUGCCAGCUCCUCCUCCGUCUCCCCCAUUUUCACCGGUGCUGCUGACCGCAACGCCAUGAACCUGGGCAUGGGCGCCCUGGCUGCCGGUGUUGUUGCCGUCCUUGCCAUCUAA